AUUAUUCUGAGCAGAUCAUCAGGUCCGACGUGUGCAGAGAAAAAACCUUCUGUGCCACCAGAACACAACACAGAACACAAUGACAGAUGGGACGGAGUACUUAAUGGACGAAUUGAACUACGAACACAAUGACUCGGCUAAUUACAGCUACGAGGGGGAGUUCAUGUGCGAAGAGCAGAAUCUGUACAUCAAAAAGAUACUUAUCCCGCUUUUCUACUCCCUGAUCUUCAUCCUGGGCAUUGUGGGUAAUGGGCUAGUGGUGCUGGUCAUGGGCUACCACAAGCGUUACCGCAGCAUGACUGACAAGUACAGGCUCCACCUCUCUGUGGCAGACUUGCUGUUCGUUUUGACCCUCCCUUUCUGGGCCAUCGACACCGUCAACUGGUAUUUCGGAGACAUUACGUGCAAAAUCGUGCACGUCAUCUACACCAUGAACCUGUACAGCACCGUCCUGAUCAUGGCCUUCAUAAGCUUGGAUCGCUACUAUGCGGUCGUGCAUGCAACCAACAGCACCAGACAGCGGAAAAUGUUGGCCAACCGCUUUGUGUAUGUGGGCGUCUGGUUACCAUCGAUUCUGCUCACUGUGCCCGACAUGGUGUUCGCUAAAACCACACAACUCAUGGACAGGAUCGUGUGUGACCGCAUCUACCCAACCGAGACCUUCCAGACCUGGCUGGUGGCCUUCAGGAUGAAGGGUGUGCUGGUGGGAUUUGUCCUGCCCGCUCUGGUCAUCCUCACCUGCUACUGCAUCAUUAUCUCCAAGCUGUCCCAGUCCACAGGUUUACAGAAGCGCAAAGCCUUGAAAAUCACCAUCAUCCUGAUCGUGAUCUUCUUCACCUGCUGGCUGCCCUAUUACAUUGUGAUCCUGAUCGACACAGUGAUGCUCAUGAGAGGUAGAGAGUACUCCUGUGUGAUGGAGCAGAUGGUGAUCAUGGCCAUGAAUUUGACUGAAGCCGUAGCCUAUUGUCACUGUUGCCUCAAUCCCAUUCUGUAUGCCUUUGUGGGGGUGAAUUUCAAGAGCUACACCCGAAAAGUCUUCAGUCAUUCAGAAAUCAGAUGCUCACCUCUCAAAAAGCUUCAAAGCAAAGACAGAAGAGCGACUCACCCAUCAAUUUCUACCGAAUCAGAAUCAUCCAGCCUUCAAUCCAGUUGCUAAACUUGUUCCUGGACCCAUCCACUCAUUCCAUUCUGCUUCUGAAGCUGAAAUGCUGCAUUAAUUUGAUUUCUCUUUGGUAGCAGUUUGUCACUAUCUAAGUCCAGGCUUAUCUUCGUGUAGUUUCACUGCUCUGUGUUUGCUAUUUAUAGAAUGUUAUUUAUAUCUACUUUUCAAAUCUCUCUGCUCUCCAGCUGUAUACGUUUGAAACAUGUGUCAGGUUAUUGCCAUUGUAAAUUGGGCAGUUCUAUAAUGUUUUUUGGAAGAGCUUUGAAAGCAACAUUCAUGUAAAGGCAGCGAUGGAGAGAGAAAUUAUUCAUGUUUUUUAGCGUUUGUUUCUUAACCAGUUUCAGUGUUGUAAAUAGUUUGUGCUGUAAAUAGUUUGUGUUGCAACAAUCCCGAUGUGUUUGUUAUCUGAGUAUUCACCCUUUACUGUAAAUGAAGCAGUAAGAUCAGGUUGCUGUGCCUGCAAGAGGCUGGGAUGGAGGAACAGACUGUUUAUGCUGCAUAAUGUAUCACUGGCUUGAGACCUUUGUAAAGAAUGAAUAUGCCAGAGUUUUUGCUUAUGUCAAAUGUGCAUAUAAGUGGAUCGAGUGCAAUUGUAUUGCUGAAUGCAAUGUAAAUAAAUGCAUUAUUUUC